CGGUCCGAUCGUGAAAAACAGCGACUCUCGCGAUCGUUUCGUGCGUUUAUUGUUAACCGAACGUCCAUUGUUUACGUGUGAGUUGUACGUGAAUACGAAAACAGCGUGUUUUCAUUAUUGGUGAUCGUAGUUUCAUCGAGUUGCAAAGAGUUUAUUUCGAACGUUCCGGCUCGGCCCAUCGGCUGACGUUCGGUCGAAACACAGAAGCGAAUCAGAAGGAAACGUGUAUUGGCUUCCGUUCUGAGACGGUCGACUUCGCGAAAGUGGAGCGACUACGUGAGAUCCGGUUUCGGAAGGACGGAAAAAUAUGAGCAUCUCGUAAAGUCGGUUAAAGUGCAGCUUUCAGACACCGAAGGGGUAUACCAUGGAAACCGAAGAACUCACUAGGCUCGUAGAUGAGAUCUACAAGAAUAUUCUGGACAAGUUCAACCCAGGAGCGAGGCAGCUGAUCAAUGCCGGGAAAGCAUAUUUGAAGGCCCUUCAUGGUGCCGCAGCCGCAUCCCGCGUCUACGUGGACGCAUUGUCUCGAUUAGCACGCCAGGCACAACUGGGGACAUGGGGUGGUUCCAAGGAUGUCGGAUUCGCGCUGAUGAGGAUCGUCGAGGUGUACAAGGAGAUCCAGGAGCAGGAAAUGAAUAUCCUGAAGGCGUUCUACGUCGACCUACUGGUUCCCCUCGAGACGAACCUGGAGAAAGACACCAAGGUCGUUCAGAGCGAACAGAAAAAGUUUCUUCAGCAGCACAAGACCAGGUCCGAAACGUACAGCAAAGCGGCAGCCACGAUGAAGAAGCAAAGGAAAAAGUCAAGGGGCGCCAGCAAGAGUGGACUCGCUAUGGACAAAGAGUUGAAGAACAUGCAGAUUCUCGAGGAAGAGAAGUCAAAGCUGGACGCCUUUUGCGAGCAGAGCUUGAAGAACGCGAUGACCCAGGAACGAAGAAGGUACGGCUUUGUUCUCGAGCGACAAUGCUCCUUGGCGAAACAUUAUGCGAGUUUCCAUGAGGUCGCGUUAGCUGCUCUUCAUCCCUCGAUUGAUAAGUGGCGCGAGGUAGCUGCUACCAGGGAAUACUUACCCCAAUCCGUGGAAGAUAUGUUCGCCUCCAGACUUAGGCAAGUUUCAUUUUGGCCCGAGGACGAAGAAAAUGGCGGAUCGGAGCUUACGAUGAGCUCGCAACUGAGGAAGACCAGAAGCAUGGAUAGCUCUUGCUUGGAGCUUCGACCUGGACCGCCUUCCGGAAACAUGUCGAGCACCACUUAUCAAGGUCCAUCCUCGCACCUAUCAACUGUUCUGUCUAGAGCAAGGUCGGAGGCCAACCUCCACGCUUCGACGUUAUCUUUAGAUCCGGAGGUUCCAGAAACCCCACCAAGGCCGAGGUCCAUGGCGCCUCCAGUAUCACGCAGCAGCGGCAGCGGGGGCGGGGGUGGCAGUGGUACAGGGGUGAGUUGGGGGGAUACAUCCCUCGCGAGGGCUCUCUUUGCCUAUUUGAGCUCCGGGGAAAAUCAGCUGAGUUUCCUGGAGGGCGAUCACAUCGCGCUGAUGGGAGAUCGCCAAAAGGGCUGGCAGUUUGGGGAGAAUCUCCGCACACAGAGCACCGGUUGGUUCCCGCUGGCGUAUACAGAAAUUAUUCUCGACGAUACUCUUGGAUCGCCGAGUCACGGAACAAAUAAUGGUCGUGCUACGGAGCCGCAGGCAGUUCCACCCUGCAAGCCGCCACCCUCUCGGCCACCAGUGACACCUAGCAGCAUGGACGAAGUGUCGAGUGGUUUCCACGGAGUAGGGAACAACAGUGUCAACAACAACAGCGGUACACCUACUAAUGUACCGAACAGUAACAGUUCUCACAAUCUGGCAACACCCACUGCGCGUCAAUCUAAACCGAUCCGUCCAUCGGGCACGCUGCCGACCGUUUUGGCCGGUGGCCGCAGGAUACAGCCACCUGCUCCGCCAGUUCCGCCACCUCAAGUUGUGACGUCCCUUCACAGCAGCAACGACAGUGGUUUCUCAAACGAGCCCCCGGCUCAGCCUGAUAUCGACUACAGCGACGACGAGGCCAUGAGACAACGCCGAAGAAAGCCACGCGCCGAUAGAAUAGCCGAGGCAGCGAAGCAGCAGCAGCACCAGCAACAGAAGGACGAGAAAUCCGCCGCCAAGGACUGGGAGAACGACUCCUGGAAGACGAUACCCAGGGACGAGAAGAGCUGGCACCUUUACAGAACCGCGAUGGACCUGUGGGCGGAAUCGAACGCGAACCAGAGCAACGAGAACGGCGAGACCAGGUACGCGCCGAAUCGCCAUUACGACAGUCAGGAUCGCAAGAACGAGAGGGAUUAUUCCGAACGGAAGAACGACAGGGACUACUCGGACCGCGGUACCAUGGAGAACGGACCUACGCGAAAGUCCGUGAAGAAACCGCCGGAGAAGCCGCAGAAGAACGAGUACGAUAAUCGAAGCCGUGGGAAUUCGAAUCGCAAGAGCAAGGGUAUGAACAACGAGGAGCAGUCGAGGAACUCGUCCAGGAGGAACAACGAGCAGGCUGAGCAGGAUCGUCGCGAGGCGAAGAGGGCGAAGGAGCACGUGGAGACCGAGGAGGACGAGAUCGAGCUGGAGGACGAGGAGGAGGACACCUACAGCGCAAGGAUGGAUUACCAGAAGUACGAGGGAAAGAAGUAUUACGGUGAUAGAUCCGACGGACAGGAGCGCAAUUCCAGGCGCGGUUAUCGUCCGGUGGAGCAGGAGGAGCCGAAAUACGAGAACGAGAAGACCUCGUCCGCCUCGUCGUCGGGCACGGACGACGAGAGCACCAUCACCAUUCCGGAAACUGGCAGGAAAGUGGAGCACAUCGCGCAGAAGUUGGAGCAAACCGCCCAGAAAUACGCCAGGGAGCACAGCCCGCCGAAAUUCAUCGAGCGCAGGAACGAGUACAGGAGCCUCGAGCGCAGGGAGGAGAAACAACCGCCCCCGCCGUACGAGAGAUACAACGAUUGCGAGAGGAACCGGGGACCGCAGAGGUUCGAGCGCGAGAGGGAUCGUUACUUCGAGAAAUCGCCACCCACGUCGCAGAAGACCUCCACUUAUGAGAGAGAGAGAACGUUCGAGAAGAACCCGGACAGGAACAGGAACAUCGAACGAGCGUCGAGUCGUCGGUUCGAGCGACCGAGACCGCCGUCGGAGGAAGCCCCUGAGAGACCCACGGAGCCCAGAAACUCGUACAGGGAGCGUAGGUACUCCGACAAGGAGGAGGCGAUCUAUGGAGAGACCAGGUUCGUUCGCGAGGUGUCCGUGGACAAGGAGCGCGGUUACGAGUCGAACUUCGAGACGAAGCUGGAGAGAACGAAGGUGAUCGAGAGGCAUGGUUACCAGAACGUCGACCAGGGAAAUCUACAGAAGUUCCAGAGGAACGGGCCCCAAAGUCUGGAGAAGAACGACACGAACAAUAACACGCUGAAGGAUGAGAACAGGAAACCGUUGCUGCCUAGGCAGACCACCGCGGUUGGACACUUGAUACAAACUGGCCGAGCUUUCGAUGUUGAUUCGAAGAGUCCCAAGCUGGUGAAGAGGACGAAAUCUUUUUGGAGGUUUAGGAGAGACUCCGACGUGUUGGAGGGCAUGGCGCUCUGGCAGCACAGAUCUUUGGUCGAUAUACCGAAGAUGAUAAAGAAGGAAGUGAAGGAUGGGAACACGAGUACGGAGGAGAUCAAGAAACAGAGUCCAGAGGGCAGUCCCACGUCUCGACAGAGUUUCGAGACGAGGACCAGCGACGUGACCAUCACCAACGAGACCCGCCAGGACGAACCCAAGCCCGCGGAGAGGAUCCACGUGCCGGAUAAGUCUGAUUAUUUCGAGGACUUCCCCACUCCGGCUGAGAGGCCCAAGGCUGUCGAGAGGUCGGAGUAUAGGAUGCACCAGGAGGAGAGGUCCUAUUUUAUGGGGAACGUUUCGCGGAAAGCCAUCAUCGAGAAGGAGCGAAAGCGUAGCUUGGAGGCCAAACGGAACCUCAUCGUGGCCGAGCUGAAGGAGAACAACGAGGCCAAGAGACACGAGAGGAGGAAAAAGUACACGGACGACGAGGACGGCUUGACACAGAACUUCAGCGAGACGGAGGCGUCCGACGAGGAGUCCACGUACAGCUGCAUCGUGGUCAAGGACCAGUCGGUGUCUGAGAAAACUCUGCUCCCCAGGACCAAGCUUCGAAGGGACUCUGAUCGCGAAAGGGACAAGAACACGUGCGGACCUUGGUACGAUCUCUGGGGAGUGGAUGCGUCGGUGAACAAGAAGAAGAAGAAGAAACAGCAGUAAAUCUAUUAAAAACUAUCUUGUAUUUUCCGUUUUUCGUCCAUUCCAGUGUCGCUGUUUUGGGGCUCUUUUUGUUUUUUUUUUUUAUCGAACAGAAUCAAAGAGCUGGUCAAACCGAAGCUGAGACAAUCGAAACGCGUGCCGUUUUAUGAUUUCGUCCUCAUGAUUUUGUUCGUUUUUACAUUCCAAUUUGAUCGCCAUUGCCCACCCAUUGCGAUUCGUAUCAUCGAACGACCCGUCCGCCAGUCUUUCACCGUAGCUCUUCCCAUUGCUUUCUUUGGAGUGUCCACACGCCUGUCUUACUUUGCAUAGUUAACGUUUGCGCUUUCGUCGACGCUAGCUCGGAAUCAAAUCGACGUGUUGACGUUAAGCGAGCGCAUGGAGUGAAUCGAAACGCGAGUCGACGAGCGGUUUGUAUCGCGACAGAGAAAACAACGUUAUGGAUGGUGAUUCAAUCAUAACUCUUGUUGGAUCUGUCGUCACAGGAUACUGUUGUAAUUCGUUGGCACUCUAUUGCUCCCAUAAAGUGGCACGUACAAUAAUUCUUGAUAGAAUGUCGUAGUUGUUUCUCUUGAUAUAUUUGUUCCCGUCUGUUGACAGAUUUUAUUGGCAACCAUUUUGCACGAUUACGUAUCAAAACUGUUCGACGUUUCUCCGCGCGUUGGAUCGGAGAAAUUUACGUGUUUAAAAAUAAAGUCUUUCGAAGGAAUAACGAACCGAUGCGGAAUUAAACAAAUUUCGCGCACCAACGAUUUAAAUUAACGUGUAAUUUCCUACGAAUUCUGUCUGCCAAUCGCCAACGAAUGCGUAAAUAAUCACAUGCAGUCACGUCGUUCAAGAACGACCGUGCGAAACCUGUUUUUCCGUUAACGAUCCAAAUACGAGAUUUAAUCUGCAAACAUUCACUUCUUAAUCGUGUAAAUUGGUUUCCGGUGUUGUUUGUUUGAAUUUAAAUGUUGCACGUAGGUGUCGUGGAAAGUUCAAUUCCCCGUUCCCACGGUAUUUUAUAUACAAUACGCAGUUUAUCGGUACGCGUUUGAUAUUUGAGAAUACAUUUUUGGUUAUAAUUAAAUCGCGGUUCCCGUAUUUUUGUUCAUAUUUUUUUUUUUUGUCCACAACGCUACAUCGUUAAAUCGUUUCACACGUAUUUAAUUGUUUUGUUUACUUCUACGCAGCUCGAGAAUUAAUUUCAGCGAUCGCGAAUAUUUUGUUUUCGUAAGGUACACAGAGCAAUUUACUUGUUUUAUUUGUAACCGUUACACUUUCAUGUUCACGUUUUAUUACGGUGUGUGUGAUGCAAGUUUAUAAUAGCAGGUUCGUAGACGUUCGUUUCGUACACAUUCCACUGGUUUCUUUUGCGAGUUUUGCGUAGUGCUGUACAAAGUAAUAGAGUAAUUUUUCUACUCCACGUUUAGAAAAGAAGCGUCAGUUUAAAGUAGGGCUGGGACUGUUCGAACAGAUUAUUCGAAUUGUAUUUGAUCAGUGUACAAAAUAUUCAAAUAGUAUUUAACUUAUAUUUUCAAUGACUAGUCUCAGCUCUAAUUUAAAGUCGUUACGAAGACUUAGUAGAAGUUGUUUUGUAAUAAUUCAAGAUGCUGUCCGAUUACUGAAUCAUCUUCUUAAUUUUUAAUAAGAAGAAGAGAAAAUUUAUUCAGAAAAUAAAUUUAUUUAUUCUCUUGAAACGCUUGAAUUGUUACACUGUAACUGCAGAAUAUUUCGAAACGAUGCAGUUGGUUAAUUAAUCGAAAUUCCAGUUCCGUUCGGUGUAUUAAAUUCCCCUCACCGUUACGUUCUUCUAGGACAAACAUAUUCGCAACAGUAAAGCUGCGCAAAACGAAGACGAACGAUCGCUCAGCGCCGGCGUUGUCAUGAGAUAAGCUCUUCAUCUAGAUUACUUUCCUCGUGUGAUGUUAGAUGUACCGACAAAGAGGGUGUCUCUCAGUUCGAGAGACAACAGUUCCUUUCAUGCAAAAGCUUCUGAAGCGAGUGCUUCAGGGAUCUUCUUCACACGGCGCGGGUGUCCGUCCAACGAACACAUCUGACUUUAAUCCUCUAUGACUAUUCUGCCCAAAGAGCCUACACACAGAUUCGAGUACUCGGCGCGAUCGAAGUCUGCAUCAUUCCGAGAAUUCUGAUGCAUCCGCGAAAGAACCUUUUAGAUGACGUAACGCGAACUUUUAGGGACCAUUUUGCGAUCAAUGGCUAUACGAUACGUCUCGCGAUUAUAUCCGACUUUUGUCACAUUUCUUAGUCAUAGAGGAUUGAAGUAUAGUCCUCGAACCGAAGAACCAUAAACUUGUCUGCUUCGUCCAGGUAAGACAUUCGUAAAACACUUCCUCUGUACUUUAUUUUUGUCGAUCGUUUCUUUCCAAAAUUAUUAUUAUUUUCUGCUCUCGAACGGUUCUACUUUGUUUUAUCUUGGGAAUUAUUUCGCUUCAUUUGUAGUUAAUUUUCGUUACUUCGAAGCAAUCUUAAGGUCAAUAACAUUAGCAGAACGUAUGUUAUCUUCCACGAUAGUUUCCCCUGUAAUUUCCUUUGCACAACGCGCCCAGGAUUACUUUGUUUCGCAGACUUUUAGCUAAUUCCUUCUGUUUUUUCCUACGCCUAUUACAGACGUUUUCUUUCCUGUUUACUUUUUAAGUUAUAAAAUUUAUUAACACGUUAGCCACGUCAUUCGCCGAGGAAUGAUAUUUUCUGUAUCUGUAUCAAAUAAUAAUUUUUAUUCUCCACAACUGCGACUGUUCGAAGAGAUCAUUCGAUCGUUCGCAUCUAUUCCUCUCGGUUUUAUUUCCCACCCCGUCGACGGUCGGUCUACGAACGAUCAACACGCGACUAUUCGUUAUUUUUAUCCAUCGAUACACCCUCGUACGGCCGUUUAUUUCCGUGCAAGUUAAUCCCCGACGUCGUUUCUUCUUUGACGACACCGUGUCGCGUCGAAACUUUCAUUCGUGACGUCGUAAAGCUGUUUUACAUUCUCGUUCGCGGGUUAACGCUCGUUGAAUUUCACUUGUCACCUUUCUUCGUGUUUACGUGUCGCGAGAUAUUUUCCUAGGCGACCGUCGACUCGUUCGACCGUGAAAAGUAAACCUAGGCGAGAGUGGGGGAAGCCUGGAUCUUUCCUUGCUCGUCGUGUGGCUCAGAUAACGUUAUCCGCCUAUCGAGGAUAGGCUCGUUUCGAGUUCCGCGAGUUUCGCUAACUCUCCGUCCGGUUCCAAGCCAACGACACGGUUCGUUUUUAUUCGUACUUCCGUAUUUUCCGGUAACACUGUACCGAAGAGCUGGAGGGAAUGGAUGGGAUUCAGAUUUGGCGAUCAGAAGUUCGAGGAAAUAUUUCAGUGUUGGUGAGUACUUCGUCUGUUAUCAAAACUCAGUCCAUGUACGAAUUUAAUACUCGAUUGUAUUUUUACGGAAUGGUAGAUCACAGAUCCGUUUUGCUAGGUAAAUAAUAUUAGGUGUAAUAAUGGAUUGAAAGACAAUUGACAUUUAAAUUAUUUGAUUUAACAUGAGAAAAAGAUGUCUGUACGUGUUAUUGUUAUUUGUUAUAAAAUGAAUGUCAUGUGAUUAUCUAUAACACUCUUGAUUUAGUUCAUGAACGAUAAAUUUUAGUACUCGUCUCGCAAGAUAUUACGUGUCGUCAUAAUAAGAACACGAACCGUAUUAGGUAGCAUUACCUUAAUAAAUCAUAGGGGCAUAAGGUAUCUUCCUCCUAUUCCAUCUCCAUUAAUUUCGUUGUCAUUCUGGUAGCCCUAAAAAAUCUUAGAUCCGUCCUUGGGAAGCAAUUUGAAAUUUUGCUUACUCCCUUCUUCGUAUUCCAUAUUCAUCUUGACAUCCAUUUCUCAUAAACUUGUUCUUCUUGUAAUCUUCCUCUUCGAGUUUCACGAUAUUAUAAUAUGGUCUUUAUCCUUCUCCUCGCCUUGUCUCCAGAGUUUCGUGAAACUCUAAACACUGGGUCUCCGUCCUAUAUCAAAUUUUAACAAUAUUGUCAUGUUUAGGGAUCUGUUGUCUAUCGUUCUACGAAAAUAGCUUUAAAUCUGAAGGGACAUUCUCUGCAGCUUCUCGUGGUGCAAUUGUAUGCGUUUUUGAUUCCGUUGAAUGCGAACGCGAAAGGUCGAGUAGUCGCGGCGAACAGUUCGACGAGAAAAUGAUGAAAAAUGGGAUCGAAAGGGCUCCCAUCGGCGAAGUACGAUAGUCGUGAAACAUCGAUCAACCCCCUUAAGCAGUUAGAUCAAAUAGACGCUCCGGCAAUGGGAAACUCGAGCGACAAUUAAUUCCACGGUAAUCCCCAGGCGUCGCGAGACGCGCGAUUGUAAAUAUUAAUUCGUAACUCCUUGAACACACGUAUUACCGUUCUUCCACUUUGACAUGUAUUGUUAGACACCGACACGUGUACUCAGAGAGCGUACAGGUAGGGCUGGGAUCUCCAAAAGAGCCAAUCGGAACGCGCCUGAGAAAAUAAACCAUUCCAGGGAAUGAACAUUUCUUUCCGGACCUCUGCGUUUAUUAUUACCGAUAUUAUUAACACUUUUUCAUUGUUUCUCAUUGAUUAACACUGCCACGUCAUACGUAUACAUAUAUGCAACACUAAUGUUUGGUUCAUCGUAGCCUAAUUUUUCUUUUAACGUCAUGUAACAACGCAACGGGUAAAAGUAUCGCCUGUGCGGAGAGUUUCGUUUAAAUGUUAUCAUUAUUAAACGUCUUUCUUACGCAUAUACGAAAGCACGUGCAUCAAUAUACAUACAAGACGAAUAAUAUAACUAGAAUAUGUAUGUGUGCAAGAAGCGUGAUACGGCUGAGAAUGCUAUCAUAAACGUAACCUUAAGUAAAGUUAAAAGUGUAUAUUGCGAAGAGACUUUGGAAACUGUCGUGCGGCCUGCUUCACUGCCAGCAUGUUGAUUAUCGAUCUUUCACGAAAGAGACGCGUUUACAUGGCUGUAUUGUCGUCACGGGAAUAGAUCCAUCGAGACAUGAAAUUUGUCGAGGUUUCUAUUUUUAUCCGGAAGACGAUUUUUAGCCCUUUUGGGCGUAAGUAAUUGCUCUUGUAAUUUUCCUUGCACGGGAUGGGCAAUUCCUUUGCUCGUUUUGGUGAUCCCCCGAUGUAAAUUACAUAGCUUCGGAAGGAAAUUACGAAAAUAGUAAAAAAAACAAAAAAAAACAAAAAUAAUAAUAAAAGGUUUAGGGCAAUUUCUUUUGUAACAGCGUUAGAUAAGCGAUGAGCAUACAGGCGAGUCCAGAAAAGAUGAUGUUAAUAUACUAUAAGUAUACAUAUUAUAUUGGUGAGUGUACCGGAAGUUGAGGUAAAUGUAACGAAGCCAGCUCGUUCCGCGAUGGAAGUUCUUUCGCGAGCGUAUUUUUCGUCAGUGGAACGAGACGGAUUCGACUGCCGCUUCCGGUGACUCUUUGUGGGUAGUAUAGGGAAAAAUGAAAUGAUGAAAUUGUUGUAAUA